AGCGCCAUGAAGCCGGGGUCGCUGCUGUCGCUGCUGUCGCUGGUGCUGCUGGUGGCCCUCCUGGCCCCCCGGGGCGAGUGCCGGCCGGACUCGGAGCUCGUCCUGGCAGGGAAGCUUGGCCAGUGCCCUGCACCCAGGAAGACCCCCAAAAGCUCCUGCGGCUACUUCUGCUCUACGGAUGAGGACUGCCCGGGCAGCGAACGCUGCUGCAGCAACGGCUGUGGACAAGAGUGCAGGCUCCCCAUUGGAGGAAAGGCAGGUUUCUGCCCCCGGCUGGCCCCUGACAUGAUGACCAUCUGCCUGGUGGAGUGCGGCAGCGACAGCGACUGCAAGGGCAACGAGAAGUGCUGCAGCAUGGGCUGCCACGUCCAUUGCGUGCGGCCGGUGCCAGCCAAACCAGGCGUCUGUCCCAAGAGAAAGGUGCUGCAGACCUUAGUCCGUUGCAACAGCACCUGCAGCGACGACACCGACUGUCCCGGCAACAACAAGUGCUGCUUCACGGGCUGCAGCCGCGGCUGCAUGCCUCCGGCCAGACGUAGCAGCUACAACCCGGCUGCCGUCCUGCUGGGCUGGGGCUGGGGCUGCCGCCAGUGUCCUGCUCUCGUCGCCAGCCCCGUGCUCCAAAGUGACAUCUGCCGCUUGCCCCCGGAGCACGGCCCGUGCAGGGGACACUUCCAUCGCUACGCCUACAACCCUGCCACGGGGACGUGCCGGGUGUUCUUGUAUGGCGGCUGCAGAGGGAACGCCAACAACUUCGAGACCCUGAAGGAGUGCCAGCGGGUCUGCCAGAGGGGGAGAGCCAACGAGUGACCCCGAGGGGAUGCCGCAGCCCGGCCAGGUCUGCAGCGGGGCCGGCCACUGCACCCUGCCCUCUCAAUAAAGCCGCCAGGAUGCCUGGCUUGCAGCAUC